GGUGUUGCCGCCAUGUUUGUGCACUUGCACUCGUCGCCGUUGGUGGUGCGGCAGUCCUGCUCGCCCUUGAGCAACCCAAUCAAUGCCACACGUCCAUUUGGCUUGAGCAGCGACUUCCAGCCAAUUGAGAUAUUGGAUGUGAAGGAAGAACGGCGGCUGUUGUUGCAGUGCCUGCAGGAAUGCGGGAAGCAAGUCAAGUGGCGAAGUGAAGUUGCCGACGUCCACACUUUCCGCAAGGUCAUCUCGCACGGCUGCAGGGCACUGCAUUUCUCAGGCCACGGCGUGCCAGGCAAGGUCAUCUUUGAAAGCGCGACCUGCGAAGCGCACUUCUUGUCCCAACAGGAACUGAAGACCCUUCUCUUGGCCGGCGAUCAACCAUGCCCUGAAAGUGCCAUGCGUCUCGUGUUUGUGAGUGCAUGCCACUCCGAGAGCGUCGCAGAAGCAUUCGUGUCUGCCGGCGUGCCCCAUGUGGUCGUGGUCCCCAAGGAAGACAAAGUACUCGAUCAAAAAGCGAUGGAGUUCUCGAAAGCAUUCUACACGGCACUCUUGGCUGGACAUAGCGUCUUGAAAUCGUUUGAAAUCGGCCAAGUGCAAGCGAACAUUGUCACAGACACCCACCAAUCCAAGUUCAAACUGCUGGGUUGUGGCAACCACGCGGCAAGCCAUUUAUUCUCGGACCUCCCCCCGGGUCCAUACGAGGACUUGACGCCGCCGCUCCCGGUCAACGAGUGCGACGCCGUUGCGGAGGCGUUCAUCGGUCGUUCGUUGGAAGUACAUGCCGUGUUCACGGCGCUGGCCGAGGGGGCGCGCAUGGUAAGCCUUGUGGGGGAUGCAGGCAUGGGCAAGACCGAGGUUGCGCUGCAAGCGUGCCAGUACGCGACGGACAGGCACCUCUUCGAGCGCGUCUUUUUCCUUCGCUUGUCGGCCGUCCCCCCGGCACCAAAUUUGACGCGUUAUGUGCUGACUCGAUUAGCCAAGUGCUUUGGCUUGUUGGUCCAAGGAAACGACUUGGACGGACUUUGCGAACACAUUCGCGAUCAGUUGGACGCGCUCAAAGCCGACAAGCGCCUCACGUUCCUCUUGGUGCUGGACGGAUGCAACUACUUGCUCACAAACCCCAACGAACGGAGCCAGCUGUCGACAAUCCAAGCCAUUCUUUCCCAGCUCUUGCGAAGGGUACGGUCGUUGUCGCUGCUCGUGACAAGUACCACUCGCCUUGGCGGUGGCGCAGGGCUAGACUGUGGAGUCGGCGAGCGCAUCAUCCCCAUCGAGCCCCUGCCACCAUGGGACGCCGCCUUGCUCUUCACACUGCGCGCGCCGCGUCGGCUGCAGGUCCACGAAAUGGGCGGCGGGUUGGCCCCGUUUGCCCAAAGCCAGAUCAUGGAUGCUCUGGGGGGACAUCCCAAGACCAUCUGCGCGGUCGCGCAACUGCUCGAGAACCACGACUUGUCGCGGGACGAAGGGGAGUUCCUACACUAUUUAAUUCCCGCCGUGAUCGCCGGCCUCGACCCAGCGUCCAAACAACACUUUUCAACCGACUAUUGUCCGCUGUUGCCCUACACAGUAUCAUCCAAAAAAGAACCACCAUCGGACAUGAGUCGAACGCACGACGACAAGCUGGUGCCCGUGGCUGCCCUGCCCAUCGCAUGCCCCCCGCCGCCCCUGCACCAGCCCCCGUCAUCGUCAUCGACCCCCGCCAGCGACGGCCUGUCCCCCCAGCAACUCCAGCUCUUCGCCAUCAAGCGGCAGGUGGAAGGCUCGAUUGCGUCGUCGGAAGGGUGCAUGAUAUGGGCGCAUGCUGUGGUUGAAUUCAAUAAGUCCACUGCGUCGUCAGUCGACGUGUGCCAAGUCGCGGCGCUCACUUCCGUGCCGUUUGAGUUUAUCGGCCAACAAGUCAGUCGGUACUUUGCAUCCAAGAUACGCCAAGACGCCGUCCUGCGCCCGCUCUCCACUCGAUGCAUGGAAUUCCUCAGCUCCAGCGACCGCAUUUGGGGCCGCGCCGGCGUGAGCCCCAACACUCGCCGGGGUCUCGUGGACUUGGACAUGUUUGGCGCGUUUUGGACGUGGUUCCAGCCCCUGCUCAGCUGCAUCAAGACGUCGCAACUGUGGGGGUUCAAGCACCCGCGGCUGCUCCACGGGUUCAUUUCGAAGUCUUCGUGUGUAAACAUGCUCAGUCCGUGCGUACCAGGCACGUUCCUGCUGCGGUUCUCUGAAACCAAGGCGUCAUGUGUUGUGGUGGUGUUCGUCACCAGCGGGGGCCGCGUAGAGAUGGUGCCCGUGGAGUACAAGCACACCGUGCCCCGGCGGUUUGAAGUGUACUUGCAGGACAGCGGCGCCAUCGUGUCAUUUUCGACGCUGCCAGAACUCGUGCUCAACGUCCACGUGCUCAAGUUUGUCUACCCUCACACCCCCAAGCAAAAUGUGUUCCAAGUGUAGUCCCGUUAGUUACUCGAACGUCAUAGUGGUGAACGUUUGUAUUAACUACUUAGUACUACGACUACUACUACUAGUCAUACACCGACGACGAGUCUAGCACGCAGCGAAAGCCCACCGUGGCCGACCGAUCGUAGCUCGGCGACAACUGCAGCCACUUGCCGUGCUCUUGGACGUGCUUUACAUGGGGAAAGUACCAGUUCGGGUCGUUCAAACUCGACGCCACCGGCUGGUAUCGACUGCCUCCACGGAGGAGCAAACUGCACGUGUGAGUGUCGCAGAAUGUAUCGGUCAUCUCCCACACGAGGCCUUCGAGGUCGCACACCCCUGCGGUGGUGCAUCCGUCCGGAAAUCCCCCCACGCUCACGAGGCUGUCGACUUCACCGUGAAGGAUGGAUGGCACGCGCGUCAGGUCCGCCGAGUCGCCCCACGGGUGCAGCGUCGACUGGUUGGUGGGGCCGUUGGAGGCCACGUAUUGCCACUCCCAGUCGUGGGGCAGACGAAGGCCGUAGAAGUCGGCGAACGCCCGCGCGUCUUCCACCGACACGUGCACGACGGGAUGGUCCGCGGCUCCCGGCGGGUACCUCCAAGACGUUACUGGCUCGUACGUGGUGGGCUCUGCUGCGUACCGGUGGUGCCACGUCUGGAGAAACUGCGACAAGUCAGACGGUGUGUAGUUGGAUUGGAGCAGAAACGACUGGUACUGGCCGUUUGUGACGGGGUGGCGCAUGAUGUGGAACGGGUCGACCCACAAUUCGGUCGCGUGGUGCGGCGACGGUCGGCUCUCCCACGGGAAUUGCACCCCGACCCCGUACAAGUCAUCGCCGUGGGGGGUCCACGCCGGCACGGGUUCGAUUUGCACGCCAUCGACCACGAACUUCCACGCUUCCGACCCUGGAAUCGACACCUACACCACACGAUAUAUCAAUACCCAAUGAUUGCAUCUCCAGCCUUACAAGAUCCAAGUCAGAUAAUGCCGAUGCCGCCGCCUUGGGCGAUGCCUCGAUCUCUUUAGCACUGACGAUCGUAGUGACUGGUUUGAUGGAGGUUAUGGAUUGAGAAAGAAGCGGCCGGGCCGUGCCAUACGCACGCAGGGGCAAUGCUGUCAAUUGGUGCAUGUAUGAGAGGAACCCGGGCAGCCAGUCGUCCAGCCCCCCCACUUCGCUGCGAUGCACGACAAAGAGGGCCCCGUAGCCGUAGCCUUCGAUGGCCACGGGCACACUCACCGUCGAGCCGUCUCCGCUGUGAGUGGCGUCGACUGUUGCGUUGAGCUCGAGCCCAUGAUAUAGAUCAAACACAGCGACGUCGUGGGUCAAUCCAGGCAGGUCCAGGGUCACGACGCCAGUGAAAUCGUCGGGGGAUGUGUGGAUGAACGUGAACACGAUGGAAGGGUGGUGUGGGGUCGGGAAGGCGCUGCCGUGAACGUUUGCAGGCAGGUCGGGGACGUAGGGCUGCCAGGUCGUCGAGUGCAUGGCCUCUGGGAAGCGCCGGAGGAUGGCGGAUGUUCGCUUGAGUUCUUGCCACUCGCGCUCCGUCAUGGCGUUCCAGAUGCCCCAGAUGUUCUCCCACACAACGUACCCCGCGCCAUUGAAAAAAGCCAUCUGCAACUCCACGGACCGGCUGAGCGACCACCGCGCGCACACCAGCGGCGUGUGACGAGGCUCCAAGUACUUGGCGCGGGCCACGGGGGGGAACUGAGAGAAACCAAAGUAGUACCCCCAGCUCAUGGGGUUCACACCCAGGGUGUGCGAAGGGAGGCCGCCUUCGGGGCACGUUGCCGUCGGGGCCGAGCAGUUGAAGAAGGAGGCAGGUACACCAUACAUGGUAUCGCCAUUGAUCCCGUCGGCCCCGAUGGCGUCGACGAUGGUAUGCAGGGUGGAGAUGUCGGAGCGGUAGCGAGGAAGGGUGGGGUCGCUGUUGCGAGUGGCGGUGUCCCAAGGUUGGUAUGGAAGGAACACAGUUACGUUGUGCGCAUGAAAGUCAUCCACGAGGGAGCGAAGCCCAUCGAGGCCACCCGGAAGGAUGGACCAAAAAUCGUAUUGGUUGCGAGCGUCGAUGCCCAGAUUCGGAUACGACGGCCAGAGCAGCACGCUGUCGAUGGGCAAGUCGAAACUCGUGACAAACUUGUCGACAGUGUACGCGUUGUUCGCUCGAUCAUACAACGUCCGGUCGUGCAACAUGGCGAACACUUGCACAAAGCUGCGCUGAGUCCAUUGCAAAGAUGGCAGGUUGUAGACGUUGCAGACGCCGUCGGGGUCGUAUCGUACGGACUGCAACUCCUUUCGCUUCCACGUGCCCCACUCGGCACGCCAUGCGUCGAUAGACGCACGGUCUCUCAAAGCAGGGCCAUCCAAAAGCUCAUACCCGUCCGGCAUGGGUUCCCAGGAAAACACUCUUGUCGCCAAUGCCACAAGCGUCAACCCCAAGAAGUUCAUCGUACGUUGAAAGCUAAAAUGUGAGAAGAUCCAACAAAUCCA